AAUAAACUGGAUUUUUGCUUCCCUCAUCCAACAUGUUCUAGAUUUAUACUUUCAAUUGAGCUUUCGAGUAUGAUCACUUAUGGAAAAAGGUGGCGGUACUACACCGUAAGAGGGUUUUGUCAACCACCAUAAAACACUACAGAAGAAGGAAGGAAACGGAACAUGGCGGCCGACAAAUCUACUAAAGAAAAGCUGUUGUCUGCUCUGAAUGAUAUAGAAGUGUUAUCCAGAGAACUGGUAGAGAUGCUCGCAUUGUCGCGAAGCCAGAAACUUCCCCAGCCUGGAGAGGAUACUCAGGUGCUGGAGCUGCUGGUGCAGAGGGACAAAGAGUUCCAGGAGCUGAUGCGGACAGCCUUGAGGCAGGGCAGGACCCACGAGGAGAUGCAGAAGCUGGAGAAAGAAGUAGAGAAGAGGGAUGGUGAUAUCCAGCUGCUGCAGAAGCAGCUUAAGGAGGCGGAGCACAUCCUGGCCACUGCUGUGUACCAGGCCAAAGAGAAACUCAAAUCCAUCGAGAAGGCCAGAAAAGGCAGCAUCUCUUCAGAGGAAAUUAUAAAGUACGCACACAGGAUAAGUGCCAGUAAUGCAGUGUGUGCUCCUCUGAACUGGGUACCAGGUGACCCACGGAGGCCAUAUCCUACUGACCUUGAGAUGCGUAGUGGAAUGCUAGGUCAUAUGUGUAACCUGCCCACUAACGGCGUGAAUGGACACCUGCCUGGAGAUGCACUGGCUGCUGGGAGAUUACCAGACGUGCUGGCCCCUCAGUACCCAUGGCAGUCUGCAGAUGUUGCCAUGGCAAUGCCUCCACCAUCUCACCAUGGUAACGACCUUGGAUUGGAGUUGCCAGGGCACAAUAAGGAGAAUGAGGAUGAUGUGGAGGCCAUGAGCACCGACUCAUCCAGCAGCAGCAGUGAUUCUGACUGAGAAUGCGUGACUGACUGAGAGAGGCAAUAUAAAUAUAAAAUUCUCCAAAAAGGAUUGUGUGCAAGAUAUCUUGAUACAAAAUUUUCCAAUAGGACUGCUUUCUUAACUUAAACAUUUUUUAAGGUUAUAAUUAACUUCAUUCCUUCUGCAUUGUUAAAACCUACCUUACCUCAGCCAGCUGAAAAUAUCUCAUGAUACUAAGCUUAAACAAUUAAAGUGUAAUUUGCAGCUUGUUUUACACGUAUCAGGUUUAGCCUGUUUUUCUCACCUGUUCACCAUUAGAGAGCAAGAGCUUCUAGGAAUUCAAGAAUAUUUUGGUACGUUUAUGAAAACAUUUCAUUCUCUUGUCUGAAUCCUAUUGGCUUGAACAGAUGGGUGUGAAGUUUGGCUUAGUUUGAUGGACUUGUCACUCAGCAUACUGUAAGCUCAUGUAGAAAUGCUGCAAACAAUUAAUGUAACUCAGCAGUUGUGUAAAUAGAGCUGUAAAAAUGUUUGGGUUUCAUAUCUUGUAAAUAAAGUUUGUUUGGUAAAA